AUGGCGACGACCCGGACCCCGAAUACCGCAUUAGCCGUCCCAGAUAACGACCUGAAUGCAAUGACGCCGGUGACGGAAAUUUCGGGAGCUAGCGCCAUAGGAUAUGUGCCUCACAAGACUCCUCUAGGCUUUCAAGGCUUUCCGUUCCCAAGCUCUCAAUGGCCCACCCAAACUGCGAAUCUUCCUGUCCCCCCAGCCAACCCGUGGGAGGCUCAGUUGACUGGACCGCCGGUCGCGAACAAGCACCCAUCCAAGCAGCCGCAGCGACAGAACCCGGCAAAUCUGCUUAUCGGACACGGUGUGUUCCGUGAGCGCCACCGUUUUGACGACCGGGUCACAAUGGUAGACGCGUCCUUUCUGGGUCCCGAUGAUGCCACUGCCAAAGCGAAAGGCACACUUGUCUAUGGGGAAAAGGAUACCCUGCAGGGAGAUUAUAUUGAUCCAGAACUAGUCGCGAAACUUGGUUACACAGCUCGGCCCUGCCCCCCGGACCACGGUGAGCUGAAAUACUUUGUCGAUGCCACAGUAGGCUUUGCUUGUCCGAGCUUGUAUUGCAGGCUCGAUACGGUGACACUCCGACUCAAAGUGACCGAGGGGUUGAAAGACCAGGGAGGUAUCGGCGUGCUUUUCAGCAUAAGCACAAGACUUCAAGAGGCCUUGGUAGAGAAGAUCGGCCUGCAGCUCCGACAUCCGGCUUCAGGACCAGCAUCACUUCAACCUAAUGAGUUUGUUCCUGAAGCGUCUAUUACUAUGCCCCCGUCCUCCGCAACCAUUCCCCUGGAAACCGAAGCUCUGCCUCAGGUCCAGCCCGAAGGAACACAAGAUGUAAAUAUUCAAGCGGGCACCGAUCUCCAAGGUUUCCAGUUCAUUAACCCACUGGACUUUCAACCGACCGAAAUCAUCGACAACAAUGGUUCCGCGGUAGAAUUUAGCACAACGUUUGAGUUCCCAAGAAUUCUGGGGACUCCUAACCCCGGCGGGGAUCCCUUUGCGGGUUACCAGGCCGAUGAGUCUUGA